AGUUAGGCUCGUAAAACCUUGAUCCUUAUUUGAUGCAGACUAAGUGUUCACUAUGCGAUAAUGACAAUAUUCACAACUUGCGGAGUUCAAUUCUUCUAUGUCAGCUUUAAUUAUUCAAAGUAUCAGGUCUGUUUCAUAUCAUUGAGUCCGUUUGAGAACUAAAACAUUAAAGACGUGUACUACUCAUGAAAAUUUCUUUUUUACUUCCAGUCAAUAUACCCCGGAUAGUAUCAGUUGCUAAGGGAUUCAAGGAAGCGCUCGACGGGUCGAAAUCAACACCACGAACGCUCCAAGACACUCAGGAAGCUAGGAAACGAUCAAUAAUAAACUACUGCCUCAAACAUCCACACAACAGAAGACUAACCGACCGGGAACUUACAUUUGUGAUUGUGGAUGAUGUACAUAAAAUUAUUUUCUGUUCCGUUCCGAAAGUAGCUUCUUCGACGUGGAAAAGAGUGUUGGCGGAUCUUCAAGAACUCAGACAAGGAAUAUAUGUUCACCGACCAAGCUUAUGGCGUCGCCUUGGCGAGUACAGUGAGGAAGGACAGUCACAUCGACUUAAGAACUAUUUCAAGUUUAUUUUUGUUCGAGAGCCACUGUAUCGGAUCCUUUCCGCUUACAAGGACAAAUUCAUCGGGAAGAAUCGUGUCUUUAGUAAAAAUAUUCGAAAAAUGAUCAUAAAUAGCCUUCGUUCCGGGGAUUCUGGGAAAUAUGGACAGGUUAUGGAGGGGUUUUCCCGGAAUACAGCAUUUGAUAAAGAUGCUAAUGUUAGUUUUCCUGAGUUCGUCAGGUAUUACUCCGAGGACAUACCACGCAACCCACACUGGCGGCAAUUUAAAGACCUGUGCCAUCCGUGUUUCAUUAAUUACGAUGUCAUUGGUAACUUUGAAACUUUGGCAGAAGACGCUGCACUUGUGUUAAAAAUGGCGGGAAUUGACGACCGCGUUAAUUUCCCGCCAAUCCACAACGCCACUGGUUCGCAUGAUAUGGAACAUUAUUAUUCCCAAGUUCCCCCUGAAGACGUAGUAAGGCUUGCCGAGUUAUAUCGAAAUGACUAUGAACUUUUCGGUUAUGAAUUUCUUGGUCCUGUAAAGCAUUUACUAAAUCGGUCUUCGAAUAUCGGUGUUUGAGCGUGCCUUAGAGUAAAUAUACUUAAUUCAACAUUGGAAAACUUCGUUUCAGUCACAGUUUCAGUCAAAAUUCUAAAUCGUAUCAUUGGCUGUGAUAAAUAGCUGGUGUGCCAAGACUGAACUGAACUUCAUUUCUGGUUUUGUUCAAGGGACCAGUCGUUGGUAUAUUUAUAGUAGCUAUGACAAUGAUAAUAAAAACUGCGUAAGAGAUCUUUUACGUCUCUCUUCCUACAAGUUUGUGGGAAAUUUGAGUCGAUAGGGCCUUGACUAACAAACUUACUCAAAACCAAACCCUAAGAAAAUUAUAAAAAGAGAAAACCGAACUAUACAUAAACUAAAUAAACAAUUUGGCAUGUGUUUUGUAAGUCAAUGUUGUGCGCAUUUUGUAAAAUGUGAAAGCACUAAUGUCGAUGAUAUUUUUACGGUGCUUCAUUUCAAGAAAUGAUUUAUUGUCUGCCAGAUCAGGGUAGUGGGUGCUUCUUGUUGAUCACUAAAAAUACUAGCUUUUAAUUUAGAGUUAAUUGAUUUCCAGAUCGCUGUUUGAUAGCUUUUUAAACCCUAGAAAAAUGAGUUAUUCGGCUCAGCCGAUAUUAGCUAAGUCUUUUCGAAUUCCAUGCUUUAAUAUUUAUUUAAUAUUUAUUUCAAGGGCUACAAAUUAAAAUAUUGUAUUGAUAUAAAAUACAAGCACAUAUUGUGAAGCAAGCAAAUGCAACAGGUAUGUUAGUCAAAUAAAUCGAUAAAUUUUAAAAAACAAAAGUACAGGUUUAUCUCCUAAAUAACUAUACACCUUUGCCUGUAUACCAUUAUACAUGUAUAGACCUGUGACGGUCGUCUAUUGCAAAAGGUAGACCUGAUGCGAUACCGAACUCCACAAAUCAAAAAUCCACAACUACUUCACAAAUCCACAACUACUUCACAAAUCCACAACUACUUCACAAAUCCACAUCUACUUCACAAAUCCACAACUAUUUCACAAAUCCACAACUACUUCACAAAUCCGCAACUACGUCAUAAAUCCACAACUACUUCACAAAUCCGCAACCCUCAACAAUAGGGAUGAAUAACGGAAGAACUUGUUCAAGUAAAGGUCGGUUGUUAUACUUAAUUUUCACCGGUUCAGAUUUCAAUUUUUUUUUUCAUUUGUGCUGAAGCCAGACGAAAGCAUUUCAUGACUUUGAAAGACUGAACAAUAUUUUGGGAGUUGUGAAUGGACAACUUGCAACGGAUGUAACAAUAUCAAAUUAAAAAAAUCAGUCUUCGGCUCGAAAUCAGUGAUGUUACCCUCCACGUACCAAGUGUAUGUAUCCCUAAUGUCUCAUCACCCAGGUUUAUGAAAAGUUUUGGCAGUAAAUUAAAAAAUUUUAAAUAAUUUCAGGAGUAAAUCGGCACACAUUUGACUGAACGACUGUGAAUAUUUGAAUAUCAUAUAUUUGGUACUGCGAAGAUUACGCCCGCCUUCAUACGGUGAACUCGUUUUCGACACGUAUACGUACUUCCCCAGCUAGAUUAUGUGACAGUUUGAAGUCGACUCUUGAGCCAACGCUCUGGGGCCGGUCGAGAAAAGGGCUUAGAUAAAUCAAUUUCACUGAAAACACUCGGCCGGAACAUUUUCAAAAUUUAACAUUGUUCUGUUAAAUAUUGUGCGAUAGAUUAUUAUCUCUUGCAAAAAAGCAUUACAUUUUGCGUAUUUGAACCUCUCAAAACACUCCCUUCGUUUGUAUCAAAUUCCACAAAGUUUUGAAAUCACAAAAAUUGCAAAAAUUAGUACUUGCGAAUAUCAAAUAAAUAAACAAUAUGUGAUGUUAUUAAUAGAAAGCCCAACUAUCUUAAUUAUGGCCGACUCUCAAGCAUAUCUGACCUGUGAACUUCGAAGCGCACGUUACCGAAAUUUGAUGUGAAAUAGUCAAGAAGACAGGAUUGAUUGGAGACACUUAGAAGAAACAUAACAUUUAGGAAAACAUUUAUGAAAAUAAGGCUCUUUAAAAGAAUCAUCUCGCACUGGACUCUAUAUCAAUAUGACAUGGAACAGUUCUGUGAUUUCUCAUCAACUUGCACUGUUCCAAAGUUCACCUGCCCUGCACGAGGUAAACUUCAAGGAGCUGAUAGAUUGUUUUUAGGUGGCUUCGUUUUCGUCUAAAAAACUCACGACAGUCCUUACCACAGACUUAGAUCACGAGCAGCACUGUCGUAACCACAUUCUUAUUGAAACUCAUCCUGACUCGAUGUUUCUUUCUCUUUC